GUAGAACAGUGCAUAAAGCGCCUGUGGAAAAUGAACCUGGUGGGCUGCAUUGAAACUCUGGCAGAACUGAUUCCCCAGAAAAAUAUAUCCCAAGCCCACGAGGAGUGCUUAGUUCCCAGCCAGCCUAUGCUGGAGACGGUGGCUGUGAAGGUACUGGGAGGCUGCAAGCUCAUACUACGCCUGCUGGAUUGCUGCUGUAAAGCUUUUCUCUUGUCCAUUAAACAUCUCUGCUCAGAGGAGUUCAUACUUCUGAACACGGUGGUUUUGGGACUGUUGAGCCGGCUGUGGGUUCAGUACAGGUGUGCAUUGCAGAGCCUCGUGUCCCUCUAUGGCACCUUGUGGACAUCACUUCAUCUGAUAUCUGAGACCCAGCAGAUGCCUUACAUCAAGGGGUUUACCUUCCCUUCUGACAUCAAUAGCUUCCUUGGAGUUAAUGCUGCUUCUGAGGUGAAGAAGCAAAAGGCUAGAAUGCUUACAACAAAAAAGCCUAGCAGCUGGCUGAAGAAGCUCUUCCCAUCAGUGCCAGAGGCAGCAUCAGAGGUUGGGAAGAAGAGACAUUUUGGAAGCUGCACGAGAGCUGUGAAGACCCACAACGUCCCGUGCCCCACAGAUGUUGGGGAGCCACUUCUGGUGACUGGAGCUCACAGAGGGAAGCACCUGGGGUUUGAUGUGAAAAGCUUACUAAGAUCAUCUAGACUUCUGACACAAGAGGGUAGAAGCCUUGCAUCAACACCUUUCAAAGCAAAGGCACCGUGGUGUUCCUCUCCUGUAGCACAAUCCCAGCAGAGGGGAUGUCUGGUACAGAUGGUGCAGGCAGCUGGGUCCUUUGGGGAGCUCUCAGAGGCACUCAGAAAAGCUAUUUUGUGGUGCAAAGGCAACAAAUUCAGAUCAGAAGCUUACUUUCUGGGGAACAAGUUGUUGAAAAGCAACCGGCUGCACCAUGUGGAGGCUCAGGGGUGCAGCUUGAAGAAGAAGCUGUGCUGUGUGAAAACAUCUGUCUGUAAAUACCUCCUGUGUGGGUCACGAGCUGCACGGCGGUCCAGGCAGUACCUGAGGGGAGGCUUCUUUUGGGGGAGGAUGAAAUCAGCCACACGCCUGAAGAGAACUCAGAAGAUGCAGCAGAAACCUCCUGAGCUUUCUGGGGGGUGUGGUACCAGUGCAUCACUCAUCACCCCAGCUUACCAGGACGGGCUUCUCAGUCCAGGUGGACGUUCUGCUGCUGACAGGGGCUGUGCUGAGCUGAGCACAGCAGGGACCCCCACGCAGCUGCUGCUGCAAAGAAGCCCUGGCCCUGUGUGGAGAGAAGCUGCUGAGGACAUGGAUAUUGAUUCUAUUUUUGCAGCCAUGGGUGUCUGA